AUGAAGGUUUCUGCGUCAGCAUUUAUUGGGCUUGGUGCAGUUCUCCAGCACCUGCAUCUUCCUGUCGUUGCCAGCUUCAGUGAUGACUCACCCGUCGUUGCACCCACGUUUGCGCCUGUAAACGUCACCGCCCCAGAAGCUGGAGAUGUUGACUUCACCAACUCGUCAGCUGCAGACCCCGACGUUGGUGAUGAAGCCUCCUCUGGAUUUCGAGCUCUGGAACCACCCGGCUACCUCGUCGAGCACACCGACGCCAUGAUGGGUUUGUGUCCGCCUCGCUUUCUCGACUCGUCCGUGAUCAAGACCCGAGCCAUCCCCACCAACAAUUGGUGGGGCAACAUCAUCGCGCACGACGCCAACGCUGCCAUCCAGCCCAUUUGGUCCAACCCAUACUCCCUGCAGAUGGUUGUCGACAAGGCUCCUUUCGGUAUGUCAGUCAGCUAUCCGUAUCGCAGUCGCUUCAGCGGUGGCAGCUCUGGCAACAACGGAGCUGUCAAGUUCUACGCACACGGCAUGGUCCGUGAAGUCCUGUUUUCGGCCGAGGAGAUCGUGUGGCAGAAGCCCAACUUCCAAGUCGUCGACUGGGCCGACCAGGGAGUGACCGUCAAGUUCACCGCCGGAUCGUCCAGUGGCGCCAUGGUGUCGGACUUGGUGUCUGGUAUGGUGUACUCGUCGAUGAAGUACUCGGGUCUCACCCCUCGACUGGUGUCGAGUGCAGUAGUCUCCACCAUCAACGGUCAGCCAUUGAGUGGUCCAGUCCGCGGUUCCAAGUUUGAGAUCGUCUACAACUCCGGUCAGAAGUGGGUCGUCUACGCGCUGUCGAGUGAUGGUCGCAGUGACAAGGAGAUCACUCUUACAGCUGACGGCACUUCCGCUCUCAAGAGCACAGGCGUGUUCGACGGUAUUCUGCGUGUUGCUCUGGUGCUUGAAGAUUCGUGGCUGACUACGCUGGACCAACACAAAUCCUGCAUCGUUCAGGCUGCAACCAUCGACCUGCAUGACGACAGCUCCUACGCGUUCAAGUGGAAGACGACGGGCGACUGCUCUUGCGGUUUGCUGCACUACGCUAUGAAGCACCACACUGAAACCAUCGACACGAGCAGUGGUGUCCGUCAGGUGGACGGGAUCGUGGCGUACUCAACUACUCGAGGAGCGUAUCAGGCUUUCACGACGCCUGAAGGCUCAGCCGACCCCGUGUGGGAGAUCAAGGAAACUCAACAAGUACCGGAAGACUUCUACCCGUCCCGCAAGAUCGCGUCCAACAUGGCUCAGCAACAACGUAUCGUCGACCACCUGCGUGAAGACAUCAAUGCCGGGUGGUCCAUUCCUCUUGAUGGCAGCUACUACUUUAACGGCAAAGCUGCACAGAAGUACGCCUCGCUCUGUCUGAUCGCGAACGACCCGGCCAUCGUCGGAGGCGACAAGAGUCUCCUCAACUCGUGUCUCAAUAAGCUUCGUGGUGUGAUGGCUCCGUUCGUGGCCAAUUCCUGGGCCAACAAGCUCCAGUACGACCAAAUCUACGGCGGUAUCGUGAGCUCGCAGGGGUUCAAGACCAAAGACCUCAACGCUGACUUCGGCAACACUAUGUACAACGACCACCACUUCCACUACGGCUACUGGAUCCACACGGCAGCCAUCAUCAACCGCCUGGACCCGAGCUGGAGCGACCUCCCCAAGCUCAAUACCAUGGUCAACCUGCUGGUCCGUGACGUCGCCAACUUUGACCCGGACGACAAGUUCUUCGCGCGAUUCCGCUCCUUCGACUGGUACCGCGGACACUCGUACUCGCACGGCGUCACCCCAUUCGCGGACGGUAAAGACCAGGAGAGCACGUCGGAGGAUGUCAACUUCGCCUUUGGCAUGUACAUGUACGGUAAGGCCACCAACAACGCCGCCAUGGAGGCCGUCGGGAAGCUCAUGACUCGCGUCAACACACACGCCAUCAAGACCUACUUCCUCAUUGAGGACGCCAACCAGAUCCACCCCGCCAACUUCCGUCCCAAUAAAGUCACAGGCAUCUUCUUCGACAACAAAGUGGACUACGCCACGUGGUUCAGCGCCGAGAAGUACUGCAUCCACGGUAUCCAGAUGAUCCCCGUGUCGGCUGUGACCGAGUUCGUGCGCACCAAGCAGUUCGUCAAGGAGGAGUGGGAGCAGGUGCUGGGCAAGGAGACGAUCGUUACGCGUGAGGAUACAGGCAACGCGUGGCUGUCACUGCUGUACGCCAACUUCGCUAUGGUGGAUAAGCAGCGCGCGUUGGGUGUACUGCAGAAAGCCAAAAUGGACGACGGUCUGUCUCGUUCGUGGGCACUGUACAUGGCCUCCAGCUUCGCAGAGUGA